AUGGCGCCUCUUGACGUCAAGCAUUUCAUCAACGGCGAGUUUGUUGACUCGAGCGACGGCAAAACUUUUGAUCUCUUUUCUCCUUAUUCGGGAGAUCUCAUUGCCAAGGUCGCCGAAGCAACAACAGAGGAUGUUGACAAGGCUGUGGCCGCCGCAAAGGCAGCCUUUCCAGAAUGGUCGAGCCGCUCGCCUCAACAGAGAGGGCAGCACCUGGCCAAACUCGCCCAGCUCAUUACGGCGGCGGACGCGGAGCUCGCCCAGGCCGACGCGCUGUCGCUCGGCCGGCCGGUGAGCACGUAUUUUGACGGCUACUACGCCGCCAUGCACUAUCGCUACUUUUCCGAGGCCGCGUACCCGGUGGGCACCUCGUCGCUCAACACGCCCGGCUUCCUCAACGUCUCGCUGCGCCAGCCCUACGGCGUCGGCGCCGCCAUCAUCCCCUGGAACUCGCCCCUGGUCUUUUACAGCAAGAAGAUGGCGCCCGCCCUCGCCGCCGGCAACACCUUUGUCCUCAAGACGAGCGAAAAGGCCCCGCUGUCGCCGCACCGGCUGAACCAAAUGCUCAACGAGGCCGGCUUCCCCCCGGGCGUCGUCAAUGUGGUUCACGGCCACGGCGCCGUCUCGGGCCACGCCAUCUCCAGCCACAUGGAUAUCAGGGCCCUGUCCUUCACGGGAUCCGUCCGCACGGGACGCCUGAUUCAAAAGGCCGCCGCCGAUUCAAACUUUAAGCACAUCAUCUUCGAGCUGGGCGGCAAGUCGCCCGCCAUUGUCUUUGCGGACGCGGAUCUUGAGCGCGCCGCCAAGGAGACGCAGCACUCCAUCAUGUGGCACUCGGGCCAGACGUGCAUGGCUAACAGCCGCAUCUACGUGCAAAAGAGCGUCGCGGAAAAGUUUGUCGCCACCUUCAACUCGCUGGCCGCGGCCCGCAAGCUGGGCGACCCGACGCUCAAGGAGACCGAGUCGGGUCCCCAGGCCGACAAGAGCCAGUUUGAAGCCGUGCACCAGUACAUUGAGGAGGGCAAGAAGACGGGCCAGCUCGUGGAGCCGGGGACACAGAUCCCCGAGUCGGGCGCGGGAUUGUUUGUCGCCCCCGUGGUGUUUCUGCAGCAGCCCGAGGACUCCAAAAUCAUGAAGGAGGAGGUGUUUGGUCCCGUCGUCUGCAUCAACACGUUUGAGACCGAGGAGGAGGCGCUCAAGAUUGCCAACGACACCGAGUACGGCCUCUACGCAGCCGUCUACACCAACGACAUUGACCGCGCAAUGAGAUGCGCAAAGGGAUUGGAGUCUGGCAUGGUUGGCGUCAACUGCACGAGUCCCACGGCGGCUUGGGAUAUGCCUUUUGGCGGCUACAAGCAGAGCGGUAUUGGUCGCGAGAGCUUUCUCCUGAGUAUGGAUGACUGGCUGGAGCAAAAGGCAGUCUUCAUCCGCAUGGGCGGCACUGAAAAGAUUGGCGGUGGCAACAUCCUGGGACGGUGA